AUGCCUGUGCAGCGAUUAAUCGUUAAAAAAUCGUAGGUUCUAUCUACCGUAAGGAUCGAAAUGGCGUCGGCGCAUGCGACCGUAUUAACAUACGGCAUUACGUAUUCCGCAUGCGAGCCACGACGGGCGAGCGAGCUUUACUCGGAUUUCUGUGGCAAUUACACGCGCCUAAUGGCCGUCCUUCGCGGAUAUCGAUACGGUUUGCGCGAAACCGCGACCGGGGGUUUCGAAUUAACGCUAUCGAGAGAUAAGCUUCCACGAUGGUUAUGCAGAUUAACGAGCCGGUACACGCAUACCAAAGAAAACUCCAGCAUGCUCGAAAUUGGUCGCGAGAUCUCUGACAGCGUGGAAAGUCGAUCGUGAAUUUUUCAUUCGAGUGUAUGCUCAGGCUAAUCAACCUAACUGGCAAUUUUUUAUCGUUCGAGAAAAAUGGAGGGUUUUUAUUAUUUUCCUACCUUUUAUGUUUUGCACGCCCUUGUUUUUUUUUUUUUACCGAAUUUAAAAGAUUCGUUUAUUAUCAUGUAACGAGUGAAUAAUUUUUUUGGAAGAAGCGAGCGUCCAGAGAGUCGCGAUUUCAUUUUCAAUUAAAUUUCAGUUGAAAGGGGAGGAUCGCUGAUAGGGAAACAAUGCGUGGACGGGUAGGGAAGUAUCGACUCGAACCAGUGUUAUCUUAAAAGCAUCCGAUGGAACAAUUUCCACGGAAUCGCGAUCGAACGGCAUAGAUUAGAAGCCACCGCGACGGAGCGCGCGAUUUCCCGACGUGCGUUAUCCCGGCACUCGCUCGCGAGCACGUUUUUGCAAAUGCAAAACGAGACGCACAAGUGUAAUACGAACGAUGAGGUGCGGCGAAAGUAACAGAGCCAUUAUGCCGCGGAGUAUAUAAGGCUCACUCUAGAAAACGAAGCGGUUCAGUUAGUGGUCAUACGCCACCACAAAACAUACGCGAACUCAACGAUGAAUAUUAAGAUCGCCAUCGUCUUGGUGGCCCUGGCCGCGCUAGCGAGCUGCGAGAAGGAAUCUCCCAAGAAAUCCGAAACGGAAAAGGACUCCUCGUCCGAGUCCACGGAGAAAAAAACCGAGAAACGCGGCCUCCACGGUAGCUACGGCGACUUCGGUGGCGGUGGCGAUCUAGGGGGCGGCGGUGGCACGACCUACGACCACCAGGAACACGUGAAAACCGUGACAGUGGUGAAGAAGGUCCCGGUUCCGUACGAAGUGACGAAACACGUGCCCUACCUGGUGGAGAAACACGUUCCGUACGAGGUGAAGGUCGGCGUUCCUCAGCCAUACACUGUCGAGAAACACGUCCCCUACCCGGUGAAGGUGUUCGUGAAGGUGCCCGUGCACGUGCCCCAGCCGUACACCGUGGAGAAAAAGGUCCCGUACGAAGUGAAGGUUCCCGUGGACAAGCCUUACGAGGUGAAGGUGUUGGUACCUCAACCGUACACCGUCGAGAAACACGUACCUGUGCCCGUGAAGGUGGCCGUGCCACAACCGUACACCGUCGAGAAGCACGUCCCCUACCCGGUGAAGGUCAAAGUCCCGUUGCCCCAGCCGUACCCUGUCGAGAAGCCUGUGCCCUACGAGGUGAAGGUUCCCGUCGACAAACCCUACCCAGUCAGCGUGCCUAAACCGUACCCUGUCACCGUCGAGAAACCGUAUCCCGUGCACGUCGACAAGCCUGUGCCCUACGAAGUCAAGGUCCCGGUCGACAAGCCUUAUCCUGUACCCGUCGAGAAACCGUACCCCGUGCACGUCAAGGUGCCAGUACCUCAACCCUACACUGUGCACAAGCCGGUGCCAGUGGCUGUACCUAAACCUGUACCUUACCCUGUGAAAGUACCAGUAGACAAGCCGUACAUCGUUGAGAAAGAGGUGCCUUAUCCCGUGGAGAAGGAGGUGCCUUACCCUGUCAAGGUACCAGUGCCUGUGCAUGUUCAUGAGGAGCAUGGAGGAGGUGGCGGUGGAGGGUACGAAGGGUUCUCCGGGCAUGGAGAAGGCGGUGGAUAUCAUCGUUGAUCCCUAGGUGUCUAGGGAUCUCUUCGUCGUUGAAGCCUCCAAACGCAAGCUUAUUGGAUCUCUGGCGAUGUCGUCUCUGUUCUUGGUGAACUUGGAUUUCUAUUCGGUGGCAGGACUGUUCGAUUGAUGGGGGGAAUGUAAGGAUUGGGUAUGUGCAGGUUGAAUGGUUCGUUGAUGACUGGUUUGGGGGGUUGUUUUUAGGAUCUUGGAAGGGGAAUAUUUGCAGUCUUGUUGGAAUAUUUUUAAAUUGAUGCAGAGAGCUUCCUUUCAUAGUGAUGUGUCGUCGAGGUAUCGCUAAAUUCUUCCUUUCUGUUCCCUCAGUUUUUUUUUUAUACAUAUGCCAGUCUGACUUCUUAAAGUCUAGCCAGUUCUCAAUUUUUUUUAAUUAAACUUUCAUGGCCCUUUCGAGUACAGAGACCUUUUUUUAUCCAAUAUCAUCAAUCGAAUGGGCUUGCUAGUGAGGCUCAAGGGACAGUUGUAAUAUUUUCUGUUAAGCGAGUGUAACGUGUCUUUCCAUGUAAUUUAAGAAACUCGUGGGCGUUGUUCGAUGUAUUGCGAGGAGAAAGAAAGAGUAAUCCCGACGGGGAAGUACCAGCUGUAAGUAGAAUGUGAACAGUGUUGAUCAGACAAAAUUUUUCAGGAAGAACGACGAGUAAACUCAACGAAUGAGGAUUUAUUCGUGAUGUUUAUUCAAUCGAAUAAUUAACAGUUAAAUCGUCGAUUUAAUUAUUAUAAUAGAACAAACAUUUAGAAUGACUUUUAUUACUCGAGUGUGAUUCAGUAUAACAAAUGUAUGAACUGAGUUAUCAUUAGUUCCAUGUGCAAGUUUUUAGUGAAAUUAUUUAUAUAUCGUGAACUAUAUCACUUUAUAAUCCAAACUUUAAUUUUUAUUCUACGAGCAACAACUGGCGAUUCCAUCCAAUGAUUUUUCUUUCUCCUUACUAUGGUUACCGAUGAUGUAGCAUGGAAUAUACUAUCGUUUCAGUCGAACAGGGCUGCAGAAACAGUUGGUUUUGGAGUUCAUAAUCCGAAAUACCUAAAUAAAAAUCUUAGAUCGUG